AUGUACCAUCCAGCACCCGUCUUGGUCGACCCUCGCCCGCAAUACCCCUGCGACACGCUCUACUGCGCCUGCCAAUUCUCCAUCGGUCCAGCGCCUCCCCCGCACUGGUCCUCCAAUGCCGCUCCACCGGCGAUCACCACUCUGCCCGAGAAGCCGAACACAAUCAAGAAACAUGUUAGCUGGGCUGGCCCGUCAAGUGUUGAGACUGAGUGGGAGUACGAACUCAAACGUCCCACCGGUCCCGCGGUGGAUGUCGCUGUCGAGAGGAACAACACGCAGGAUGGGAGAAGGCUCAAUAUUCGUCUGUCCGGUGGUCAUCUUCGCGCCCACUAUGCUCCGCCAAGCAAUACUGCGGCCGAGAGGGUGUCGAAAGUUGUUUCGUUAGAUGAGGAAACGGUCGAACGAAUCCGGGCGGAGAUCAGGAAGGAUUUCGAGAAGAUUCACGGAAAGAACGCACAAGCACAAGCACAGGCACCCCCUGCUGAACUCGAGAUCACCAGACAGCACGAUCACAUCAAGAAGGAUUCCGAUCAGUCGAAAGAGAUCUCUGAGAAGGAAAAGAUGGAGAAGAUCAGAGAUGAGGUGCGAAAGGAGAUGGCCGCCACAUACGACGAAAAGAUGAAAUCUCUUGAGGCUCGUGAACUGGAUAUUCAAAGGAGGAUGGAUGCGAUUAGGAAGAGGGAAGCUCAAUGGAUUGAAAGUUACGGGGAGGGCAUCAUCAAAGGCAAACCUGCUGAAUCAGUCCGCCCGCAGUCUCCACCAGAGGUCGAAGAACAGAAUUUCGUGUCAGACCUCGACAACGUCAGCGCCAACGAAGAAGAAGAUCUCCCAGCUGCACUCAGCGAAGACGAGCCACAAAAGACUCCACGCCCAAUGAGGUGGCUAUUCCGCGACCACGAGCUCAAAUCCUACUACGAGUCCCCCCUAUCCGGCGGGGAGGAAGACCGUGCCUCCACCACAGGCGACAGCUCCAGCGGCCACGACGAAACCGUCGCCUCCCCCCAAAGCUCCACUCUACGCCUGGAGAGCACCUCCGAGAGUGUCAAAGCACACGUCGCCCAUCUUACCGGCGCGACAAAGUCGGCAGGCCUUUUCGGUAAAGUCUCGCAGAUGUUCAGCAGCAGGCCGUCGAGCAGGAUGGAAGAAACCAAUACGUUUCGAGAUGUACCAGCCGCCGAGGGUAGCUGCUACAACUUUGAACUCUUUGAUGCGGGGCCUUCAAGGCAGCCGUGGAAGUGGUUUGAGACAGGGAGGAACGAGAACGUGUCGAAAGCCACAGUAAUGGGUCCUACCUACAACAUCUCAUCCUUGAUUUCGAAUCCGGACGGGAUAAGCCUCAAGCGUUCUUAUGAACAAACACCACACACGUCUGCCAAUGGCGGCAUGACUGGGAGAACAAAUCCCGACACUGAGUUUCAACAAAAACCUCCAUCUUCGUCAUGUUCGUCGUCUUAUGUCAGUGCCCUCCGCGAUCUCAAGCUAGAUGACGGCUCGCCCAAGAAGUCAAAGUUCGUAUUUGGAAUCAGAGGCUCAAAAGAUUCUUUAGCCUUGCCAAGGAGUACGAACUCUUCACAAAGCACGGUGAUAAAGACUCCUCAAGCAUCGCCGUUGGAGAAGGGAAUACCAGAGCUGCGCAACCAUUUCUCCCCGGAUAAGCAAGCGACUGCAUCUCCACUCAAUAUGAAGGGCGAAGAUUCGCCCAGCAGUCCAGUGGUUGAAGCAAAACAACCGGUAUAUGAUGCUCCUCCGGCACCUCUGGUUAAGAAGGAAUCAAGUGUGAGCGAUGUGUCAGAGGCAGCCGACUUGGAAGACAGAGAUUUCUCUUUCUGUGAACCGUUUUACGACUGGUCAAUUCAUGAUAACAGACUUCACGAGUAUCGGUUCAGGCUGCCGACGAAGAAAGAACUCUAUGAUAGGGAAUUACAAGCUGCGGCUCCUCUACGCAGCGCGCCGGGUUCGAUCAAUUUUGAAGAGAAUUCGAAUAUCAGUUCCAAUUUAUUCAAGGCCACGAAAUACAUGAUGAGAGGUGCAAGGUUAACCAAGCCGGAUAUAAGGAUGACCGGAGAGCUCAAAUGGCCACCCUCGCCGACUGUCUACACACUGAGCUCCACAUCAAGCUCAGACAACGGCGAAUUCGAAACUCGCCAUGAUCAAAACACCGCCGCGGACACUGAAGGAGACUUGCUUCUUUCCAACGAGCCUAUCCUCAACCCCAACCGCUCGCCAACGAAAAGACCCGCCGCCGUUGAACAAUCCCAUAUCCUCGAUGAACCUAUCGUCUUUGCCGCAAAUCCAUAUAUGCAAUUCCAUUCUCCUCCUAUAACACCCACGAAAUCUCACUCGCCUCCACUUUCCAAGAACGUACGAGUGUUCACAUUCCCGCCGAGCACAAUCGGGCAUGAACUCUCCAUCACCAUAUCCCGCAGCGUCUCGGAAACCUCUACACAUAGUGAUGAUGGCCGUGACGCUCCUCCGCCAACUGAUCAUGAGAAGAGCAUUCCCCCAAGCUCGCACGAUCAUUUCGAAGACGCCGCAAACGAACGGAAGAGCAAGCGUGUGAAGUCGGUUCACUGGGGGGCUUCGACCGAAGCGGAACGGCAGUUUGCGGUUUCGGAGGGAAUGAGUUAUUAUGAAGUUGAUAGUGAUGAGCAUUCCGAUCCAGAGUAUGACUGGUCUGAAGACGGAGAGGACGGGAAUGAUGAAGAGAACAGGGAUGAUGGGGGUGACGGCGAUGACGAGGAUGGUGAAUUAGACGACGAAGGCGAGGAGGAUGAUGGGUAUGAAGGGGAGGGCGAUGCGUCCUCGUUGUGCGGGAGUCAGGCGUCCACGAAGGGGGUUGUUGAUGCUACUUAUUAG